AUGAUGCUCAAUUCGGACCAGACAGAGAUCGACCUGCCCCCAACGCACUCCGAGUCCGAGUCUGUCUUCAGUGACUGCGGCGGCGGCCGUGCGGGCAGUGCAGAGGACGCUGGCAGCGUUGGCUUGUGCGCCCAGUCCCGGAUAGCCGAACCAGGUGAGGCUGUGAAGAAAGACCUGCAGCACCUGAGCCGGGAGGAACGUCGGCGCCGGCGCCGUGCCACAGCUAAAUACCGGACAGCCCAUGCCACGCGGGAGCGCAUCCGCGUCGAAGCCUUCAACAUGGCCUUCGCCGAGCUGCGGAAGCUGCUGCCCACCCUGCCGCCAGACAAGAAGCUCUCCAAGAUUGAGAUCCUCCGCUUGGCCAUCUGCUACAUCUCCUACCUGAACCACGUGCUGGACGUCUGA